AUGCCCAUCACCGAAUUCGCUCUCUUCCGUCUCAAGGAACAGACACCAUCAGCAGCCACCAAGGCUAGUUUCCGGGACGUCAUCAAAGAACAAUCAGCAUGGUCGAAGUACCCAGUGCAUUUCCUCCAUCAGCUCGAAGACUCGGGACUGGUGUAUCUUCUCGGUGGGUGGGCGUCUGUGGCCGAGCAUUUCGGAGAGUGGAUUACUUCGGAGCCAAAUCAGCGGUUACUGGCUGAACUCAAGGAUGCUAUUAAUAUUGAGUGGUUGUUUCAUCUGGAUAUUGAUCCGUCCUCACACAGCAUUCCGCUAAAUGCACCCGUCCUUGGUAUAAGCCGAUACUUCGUUGAGGCGAGCAAGAAAGCCGAAUUCGAGAGGAUCUUCAAUGCAGGCGCCCCUCGUUUAGGUGACUACACGGCACCCUACAGCUACGCCGGUAGCUGGCGGGUCGAUAAAGAAGGCGAGGACGAGGAAUUCGUGCUCUUCACCGGGUGGAACAAAGUCGAAGACCACUUUGGAUUUGCCCAGUCUGAUGCGUUUAAGGAAUUCGGUAAAAUCAAAGGUGCUAUCAAGGGUGCAGAGAUUAAACAUGUACACUUGGAGAAGUGGGAGUGA